AAAAGGGGUUGCAUGAAAAAAAAGAAAGAAAGAAAGCGAGAGACAGAGUCCCUUAAAAUCCCUCCAGCUUCCCUUCUCUGUCUGGAAACAGAACGGAAAACGGAGUGGAUUUAACAUGAAAUCUGUAAGUUGUUUUGUUUUUGUUUUGGGUUUUUUUUGAGCCAAACUGGAGCUGAGAAACAGGCACGCAACUCUCCGGCCGGCGGCUAUUUUUAAGCUGUGCGAAAUACCAACGUCUCCGAGUCCAAGAUGAAGAUUUCCUGACUCAAGCGAACGGAUUCGCGUGUGGAUUUUUCGGUCGCUUCACCCACAUGGUUCAGGACAAGGAGGCUCAGACAGCCUGGGGAAGAAAGUUAUGAUUUCGUGAAACCCCACCGCCGAACCGAAAAGACAGAACGUUUACUCGGGACGGGCCCUGUGGGAACCGCGCUCCCUCUUUGUGUUCCCGUCCCGUGAGGUUUUCAUGGGCACCAAGAAGUGCGGCUCAAAAAGAAAAGCCGAAGGAACCAGGAUGAGCUGCAGCGGAGAAGAAGACAGCGACUCCAGCGGUACCAAGAAGAUGCUGAAAUGUGUCGUGGUCGGUGACGGUGCCGUUGGCAAGACUUGUUUGCUCAUGAGUUAUGCCAACGAUGCCUUCCCGGAAGAGUACGUGCCCACCGUGUUCGACCACUAUGCAGUAACUGUGACGGUAGGAGGGAAACAACACUUGCUUGGACUUUACGACACUGCUGGGCAGGAGGACUACAAUCAGCUGCGACCCCUCUCCUACCCCAACACGGAUGUGUUUUUAAUCUGUUUCUCCGUCGUGAACCCCGCCUCGUACCACAACGUCCAGGAAGAAUGGGUGCCGGAACUGAAAGGGUGCAUGCCUCACGUGCCUUACGUCCUGAUUGGAACGCAGAUCGACCUUCGAGACGACCCCAAAACCUUGACCCGGCUGCUCUACAUGAAGGAGAAGCCCCUGACUUAUGAGCAUGGCAUCAAGCUGGCAAAAGAGAUUGGGGCCCAGUGCUACCUGGAGUGCUCGGCGUUGACACAGAAGGGACUGAAGGCCGUCUUCGACGAAGCGAUCCUCACUAUCUUCAACCCCAAGAAAAAGAAGCCACACUGUGCCAAAUGCUGCAGCUCCUGUAAGAUCCUAUGAUACUGCCUGGAACCCGAAGCCAUGUGCUAGCAUCCAACCAAAGCAUUCCCAGGGGAACGAGGGAUAUGACCAGAAAGGGUCCACGUGGUGUGGAGACUUCUCCCAGUCUGCGACUCCUCAGUCCUGCAACCUCUUUAAGUCUUCUCACGUCUAUUUGCUUUUCUAACCUCCAUGGACCUGUAUUGACGAGGCAGCCAAGCCCCGUGAACAUGGCAGUUUUCGCUGUGCAAGCCAGUAGAUGACGAAAACGCUCCUGUUUCUUUGGCCUUGAUCUGUGUGAGAGAUGAUGUAAUGGAAGGAAAACACUUCAAAGAUCCUGCAACCUCACCGAGAGACAUCGUAAUUUGCGGCCUUCAGAAAGAAAGGACCUUACCUGCACCACCAGCAAGAAUACGCAAUAAUGACUGAAUGUGAAUGCAACGAAAAUAUGUUUCUUUUGGAACUGACAGUCUUAAGGUCCAGAGAUGACAUGCAGGAAGAUUGUUGGAAUUCUCCAUUUUCAAAAGAUUUGCUUAACCUAGAAUCAGAAUAGCCUGUCCUGCAGUUUGUCUUCCUUUUGUAUAGUCAGCAAAAUCCAGCCAGAACAUAAGAAGAGCCCUGCUGGAUCAGACCAGUGGUCCAUCUAGUCCAGCAU